AUGAAUUCUUGCUCAAUCUUGUACACCCUGUCAACAUGGUUCCUUGGUGUGUGCUACGGAUUCGUGUUGUUAUCUUCGGCUGCUGGACAGUUUAGUGAGAUAAACAUUUUUGAAAAUGGCGAAUCACUGAGAUAUACGCUGCAGUCGAAGAUUUUGCUGAAUGAGAGGGAUAUUUUAGCCAAAAAUGUAGGAUUUUAUGUCGAUGGAGAAGUUACCAUUAGUGUAGUUUGGGGAACAGGAAGCCAAAAAUUACUGAAAAUAGAGCUCACUUCACCACAACUUCAUAUCCGAUCGAGAAAAACUUCAUCUUCAGAUGGAUUCAUUCCUCAUAGUUCUAAAUUAGAUGGUGUUCUGAAUAAACCGUUCUUGGUCGUUUGGAAUAAUGGGAAGAUUGAAAAAGUUUUACUAGCCAAAGGAGAAACAACGUCUUUGAUUAAUUUGAAGAAAGGAAUCGCUAGUUUGUUCCAGUUUCAAAUCAUUGAUGGAGAAGCCAAAGAAACAGAUACUUCAGGAUCUUGCACUGUAAAGUAUUCAUCAUUAUCACCCAUCAAUUUUCAAAAAACGAAAACUGAAUGUGAAUCGAAAGACUUUCGUUACAUCAAGAACUCUAACGAAAUUUUGGGAAUUGAAGUGGUUUCAUCUAGGCAAACUGAAUAUGAGUUAGAUUCAAGUUUUACUCACCUAAAGAGUAUAAACUCUAAGGAAACCCACAUGAUUUACUUAAUGAUAAAAGCUGAACUUGGCAAUUAUGUCGAAUCUGAACAAAUUUUGUCUAUUUUGGAGCGGACAAUUAUAACACCAUUGAAUAGUGAAAACAUCGACCAAGCUAUUGAGAAAAUAGCUUCAACAGAAGGACUGACGUUCACGCAAGAAACUCUUCUGACCGAGAAUGAACCAUCUUCUGAUGACUUAAUUAGCUUUACGAAAAAAGUGGAGAACCUGAGGAACCAUUUAAAACCUGAAAGUAUAGGUACUCUCAAAUCUGCUAAAAUUUUUAUUGAGCUGGUGAAUGCUGCUAGAAGCGCUAAUAAAGAUGAGAUCUCGAAGGUAUUGUCUUCAAAAAAGAAUAAGCAGAUUCUGCAUCAAUUAUAUGACAUCUUGGGAUAUGUUCAAACUACUGAAUCUCAUGCAGCCGUGAUGAAAAAACUACAUUUCGACGAAGAAGAAUCAAUAGACUUGAGUGAAAGAUACCUGUGGUCACUAUCGUUUUGUGCGCAACCUAAUCCAGAAAUCAUAACAGAUCUAUUGAAGAAAUUUACUACAGUUGUUAGUAUUCCAGAUAAAGUGAAGGAGACGAUGAUAUUAACUAUGGCUUCUAUGACUUACAAAUUGACGAGAGGCCUAGGAAUCGACUCAAAUUUGAAGAUAGCUCGAGACAUUGAAGAAACUAUUCUGAAUAACCUAGAAUACGCCAAAGGAGAAGAUAAGAAUAUGUACUUCAGGGCAUUAAAAAACCUCAAGUCCCAAAGGACGCUACCAACAUUAUUGAAUUAUAUCAAGACAGGAACUCUCAAAGAAGGUGUUCUUGCAUGGAAAGCAAUCAAAUCUUUCGAUUCGAAACUUUGGAACGAUGACGUGCUAAUCACCGCCCGAAAAUCAUUCUUCCAGCUAGACAGAAGAUACGAUACUAGUUCCAGAACUUUGGCAGCUGAUAUUCUCCUAGAAACUGAUCCGAAUGAUGAGCUGCUGAGCGAAUUUUUGGAAUAUCUUAUUUCAAUUGAUCCCACAUAUGAGGUUAAACAGUAUGUUUUCCAAAAAAUCAAAAUGUUAGCUGAUGCUAAUCAAAGUAUGAAGCACAGAGUGCAACAGCUAAUAAGAAAUAACAGUUAUCUGAAUAAUUAUCAUGGAAUAUCGCCUAGGGGAUUGUCUACAUCAUUAUCCAGAAGGUUUUUGACUAGUUCCUCAAUAAAUGGUAGCCUCGUCUCCGUGCAAGAAAUCAAAUCUGGUAUUGUCAAGCGGGGUCUUAUUGAUGUUGUCAUAGAAAAGGAGAAUAUACAUUCGGAAUUGUUUAGUUUAGGGAUAUUUUCCGGUGGGCUCAGUAGCUUCAUCGCCAGUAAUAACGGCGUAGAAGAGGAAACAGAAGAAGAAUCCGCGACCGCAGGCAUAGAGCUCACCGUCAUGGACACUCAAAUACGACCUUUCGUUUUCUUCAAUGGUCAGGGCGAACUCAUGGGUCAUGUUUGGUCAGGGACUGCAUCAGAGAAAACACCCGCGUUUCAGGUGUUAGCUCUGCUACAUGACCACUUAGAAUACAUAAGGUUGGGAUCUGGAUAUAUCGCAAGAAUUGAUAUCAAGGGUGCUACUUCAUUCGAUCUCUCUGGAAAAAUCGAAAUAUCUCUCUGGAAUCGUAAUGCCGAAGCUUUAGUUCAAAAAUCUGCUGGAAUCUUCAUCAGUGGAUCCACAUCUAUUGAUACGAUGUUCGUCAAGUCUCAGGUGGAAUUCAGUGCAUCCGUUGAACCAAAACUAGAUCUACAAACAGACAUUGAUUUUUCUGCCAAUGUUCAACUGUGUAUGAGGCUAGUCCAACCAGAAGCGUUAUUUAGGCAUAACAUUCACAAAAUCGAAAGAAUCCCAGGAAGUAAACACAGAAUGAGAAUAUCAAGAUACAAGAAAUAUGCAGUACCAGGAUUGACCUAUUCGAUAAACAAAAAGAAUAAUGAAAUGUGUAACGCAAUAUUCAGUUGA